AGCUACUGAAUCUAUUUAUUUAUUUAUUUACUGGAUCUUCCAUUCUUCUACUGUAUCCACCGACCCCCACACACACACACUUCUCUCAAACAACAACAAUAACAUGGCGACAAGACCAAAGAUUUAUCUUUUCGGUGAUUCCAUCACUGAGGAUUCCUUCUCUGUUGGAGGAUGGGGUGCUUCUCUUGCCAAUCAUUUCUCUCGCACGGUUGAUGUGGUGCUUAGAGGGUAUAGUGGGUACAAUACAAGGUGGGCUUUGAAGGUGUUGGAAAGGGUUUUUCCUUUGUCACUUGGUGGUGACGGUGGAAAUGUAACGGCUCCUGUUGCUUUGACUGUUUUCUUUGGAGCUAAUGAUGCUUGUCUUCCUAAUAGAUGUUCUGGUUUUCAACAUGUCCCUCUCCAUGAAUACAAGGAAAAUCUUUGUUCCAUUGUCUCCUUCUUCAAGAAGCGCUGGCCCACAACUCAUGUUCUCCUCAUAACUCCUCCUCCUAUUGAUGAAGAUGCACGGCUCAGAUAUCCGUAUGUGGAGAAUCCAGAGGGUCUUCCUGAAAGGACAAAUGAAGCUGCUGGUGAAUAUGCUAGAGCAUGCAUCGCUGUUGCCACCGAAUGUCAAAUUCCUUUCAUUGAUCUCUGGACCAAAAUGCAAAUGUCACCUGAUUGGAAAAAAGACUAUUUAAGUGACGGUUUGCAUCUCACUAAUGAAGGGAAUCAACUUGUCUUUGAGGAAGUCAUCGAAAAACUGAGAGAUGAAGGUUUGAGUUUAGAAUCUAUACCAAUUGAUCUCCCUCAUAUAGCUGAUAUUGACCCUAAUGACCCUCUGAAGGCAUUUCUAUAGUUACAAGAUGAUAUAGUACAAAAGGGGUAUCCCAUAUUGAAAGAUAUGUAAAUAGAGUAAUUACUUGAUAAUAUUUUGAUCUUCCUUUUGCUGUAAGGAUUCUCUAAAAGUGUCUUCUAUGGGAAACAAUAUGUUAGGUAAGUGGUAUAUGCUUAGUAAUAGUAUUCGAUAUUUCGAAUUCUUUUAUUUGGUAAUGGUUGUGAAUUAGUCUGUCUAAUACUUUUUCUUUCUAAUGGAAAGAAGAGAAAUAUUGUGCUCAAGUGUCGAUGAAGUUUGUAUAAUGCUCGAUACAAUUUAGCCUCUCAAAAUUCAGUUAAAUAGAGUAAUUUAGACA